AUGGGCAAUCAAUGUAAAGGGACAGAAGAAAACGAUAUUAAAAUUGUUUAAUCAAGCCAGGCUUUGAUUGGAUUUGUUUGUGACACGAUAUAAUAUUUUAUGGCUUUAGAAUAAUAUUCUUAAGAUAGAAAUGAACUACAACGCACACUAAAAUUUGUCUAAUAAAUAAAUCUGAGUUAAUAAGCACAAGUGCUUGAAAAUGAUCAUUUUACUUCUCUUAAGCAAGUCUCAUUGGGAAAAAAGAUGAACUAGAAAUAGUUCUCUGAUCGGCUUAAAUAAUUAGGAUCUGUAAGUAUCGAAGAAUCAAAUCAAAUUCUAAAUCAAUUUAAUUUGAGCUAAUUACAAUUUUAAGACUUGUACAAUAGUAUAAAUACUUUAGAGGUUUCCUUAUUCCAAAGAAGUUAGCAAUAAAAUCAAGCAGAUUAAUUUCAAGUCCUCAAAAACAAAUAAAUAUCUGAGAACAAUGCUGAAAUAUUUGGAGAAAAGUUACUAUAUUAAAUGUUCAUUAGAAUUUCUAAUAAAAAAUUUAUUAUAUUCCAACUCAUUGAUCAUUGGAUUACAACAAUAAAAUCUAACAAUCUUAAAUUAAUUAUUAGUUUGGCCACUAUGAUUAUUUGUGAAAUUUACAAUUCCAUUAAAGAAAUAAUAAUACCUAAGCGUAUUUAUGAAAUUUUGAUCAUAUGGAUGGUUUAAGUAAUAGUUUUCAAUCUUUAUGAUUCAACUAAAGAAAUGAAUAAAUAAGAACAUUUACUUGAUUUUAUAUUUUACUACAAAUGCCCUAUUGAGAAAAUGAUGAUAUUGUUUGCAUAAUAAAAGAUAAUGAAAAUGUAAUAUGUAAUUUUGAAUGCGGAUGAUGUGGCUGAUGUUAUAGAUAAAAUUCUUCGCUAAUACCCAAGAGCAGGCUUAUUGAAACAUUAAAUAAAAUUAAUUGAGUAGUAUGUUAAGGAGGAUUGGUUCUUCUAACUUUAUCAUAUUGUAAGAACAUGGAGUGUAAUUGCUUAGAGAUUUUGA